AUGAAAGAAACUGUUGAGAAAAGCAUAGAUUGUAUAAAAGAAUUUAUCCAAACAUUCUGUUUUGCAAAAAAUGUGGAAAUAACCAUUGAUCAAUCAAAUUUAAAAGAAACUAAUAAAAAAUAUAAGGAAAAUAACUUAAAUAUAAUUAAUUUAUAUUCAUCUUAUUCUAUAUGGUUAUGUAUGAAUGAAAUAUAUCCGUCGUGGUUUGAUAUAUCCAUUCACCCUGCACAAUUUGAUACUGAAUUAGAUUCUUAUGAGUGUUUGCUGAAAUACAUAAAUGAAUAUCACGAAAACAAAUAUGAAAAGAUAAUAAAAAAAAUAAUGGGCAAUUUAUCAAACUUGACAACUCAUGAAUUUAUAGAUAUAUACAGCUUAGUCAUACUAGCCGCUCUUGUUUCAGAUGACAAACAAAAACAUAUAAAUAACAUUUUAUCUGUUAGCCAUGAAACACAAAAAUAUAUACAUCAUAUUGUGGAACUUUUAGAUAAAGAAGAAAAUUUAAACGAGGAAAAUUUAUCUAGCCCAUAUAAUUCUAAAGAUAACAAAGAAGAGCAUGAAAAUAUGAAAAAUGAAAUAAAACAACUAAAAGAAAAAGUAAAAUUUCUUGAAAUGGAAAAUGAAAAUAUAAACCAUUCUUUAAUAGAAAAAGAUAACACAAUUAAAGAUAACAAAGAGAAAAUGAAUAAUUUACAAAAGCAAAUUAAUGCGGCUAAUGAAAAAUCCAAAAUGCAGUAUAUUACACAAAUAGAGGAACAAGAAAAAAAAAUUAACGAACUACAAAGUAAUUUAGAAAAAGAAAUUAAGGAAAAAUUACACUUAGAGAAUGAUUUAAAUAAUAGAAUAAAAGAAUUAGAGGAUGAACAAAAUAUACUAAAACAAGAAAAUUCGAAUAUUGAUAACUUACAAAAUAAAAUAAAUAAAUAUAAAGAAAAAUUAGAAAAUUUGAUGACUGUUCAAAAUAUAAAUAAAGAAUUAGAAGAUAGACUUAAAAACAAUACACAAAAAAUGGUUGAUAUGGAAAAUGAAAUGGAAAAAUUAAAACUAGAGUCAAAUAAUAUAAAAAUAUAUAAAGAUAAAUGUGCUGAUUUGGAUGCAAAUUUAAUAAAUUUAAGGAAAGAAAAUGAAAAAUUGAAACAAGACAUAUCAGAAAAAAAUAAAACCUUAGAAAAAUUAAAAAGAGACUUAGAUGCAAAAACACAGUCAUAUGAUAUGUUGAAGAAAGAAAAAAAUUUUGAUAACUUUAAUAUAGGGCUAUGUAAUGUAGAUCAAGCUGAAGAAUUAAUAAGAAUCAAAAAAGAAAAUGAAAAUUUAAAAAAGCAAUUAGGAUUAGAUGCAAAUAAGGAACUAAAUAAAUUAAGCAAACUUGAAAAUGAAAUUGAUGACUUAAAAAGAAUAAAUAAAAAAUUAGAACUUAAAAUAUCAGAAAAUAUAGAUAACGAAAGUAUAAAUAAUGAUCCAUCUUUACAAGAAAAAUAUGAGAAAUCCCUAGAAGAAAUAGAAGAUAAGCAAAAAGAAAUUAAAGAGCUGACUGAGGCUAACCAAAAGAUAAUGAUGCAGAUGGCUAAUAUACAAGGAAGUUCAGAUUCUACUUUAAAAGAAAAAAUAAUUAAAUUAGAAGCUGAGAUACUAAUGGAAAAGAAAAAUUGUAAAGAAACUGAAGAAACAACAAAAAAUAAAUUAAGCAAAGAAUUUAAUGCUGUAUUACAAAUUUUAAAAGAGCAACUACAAAUUAGAGAGAAGGAAACGGAAUAUUAUAAGAAUGCACUAAAAACACAAAUAGACAUUACAAAAGACGAACAAAAAUUAUUAAGUGGAAUUAUUCACAGUUUAGGUCUAAAAUAUAAACAAUUGCAAACUUAUAAUCUUUGCUUAAGAAAUGAAAUUACUGGAAUAAAAUUAAGAACCCAAACAUACCAAGAAGCUGAGAAAAAAUAA